UUAGUGAUAGUGAUACUGAUAAUAAACAAUUAAUUAGCAAGCUAAAUCAUUGUGAACGUAUAUACCAGGGUCUUAAAAUGUCAAUGAUUGCCGAUAUUAUAUUAAUACUAUGGCCACCAUCAUCAUCAUCAAUUGCAGCAGGUACCUGGCCAAUUGCUAUACAACUUAAUCAUACAUACAAUUAUGUAUCAUGAUUAUGCCAGUGCAUUGGGCUACCGGUGCCGUCAAUAUAAUAACAAUAAUAAUGAUCAACACAACAAAACACCCGUACAAUUGAUAUUUUCCUUACCGUUUGUAUCAAUCAAAUCGAUAUUUUUCUACAACUAUUUGAACGGUAUAUUCAUAGUCAUAGUACCCGUCUAUUUGCUAUUCAUUGGCGCCCUAUUUUGGUCGGCCCUACAACUAGUCUACCGGCACUACUCCCGGGCCUCCCUGAUCACACUAUGGUCAACCCUAACAUUUGUCCUGGCCAAUUUGCUAAUGCUAGUUCAACUAUACCUAUUAAAUUGGUUCAAUUGGUUUCCUGUGUAUAUCUAUCGUUAUCUGAUACUAGUCCUACAUAAUUGGGCACAACUAUUGAUGGUCGUAUCGAUCGAUGCCCGGGAUGACCCUCGAAAACUACCAGUGCUAGUCCAGAUGCUAAUUCAAUGGGCACCUGGUAUUGUUAAUCUGUAG